AUGGAGAUCAAUGGAGAAGACGUUCUAUUAAUCAAGCAGGAGACGAAUUCCGUAAACAAAGUUCUAAUUAUAUCUUUAUCUCAACAUGAUCUGCAGUACGACUUACACAUUACAUACCAAAACAAGACGUUGCAUAUCAAAGGCAAUGCUGUUGAAGAAUGGAACACUUUAAGAGUGUUUAUCAGCGUCAGUGGGGAUACCUGGACCCUUAAUAUGAAUCAGACCAUCGGAAACACAUUUCGCAGUUACGAAAUGCAAGGGAAUUCCUUAUUUACUGAUGAAUAUUAUGCUGUGUUUGGACGUUCUCAUUCCGUCGAAUUUCCCUCAGAUCAGAAAGGGUUAGAAAUUUGCGUUUUCCUUAUAAAAGACGCGAUUUCGGGAAAUAUUUUAAAAUCUAUGUGGCCAGAGGGAGUUUAUUUUAUAGAUAUCGAGUUUUCCACGCCCACUUAUAUUCAAUUGCUGAUAAAUGAUGACAACAACACAUGUAGAGCCUCAAAGGAAUGUUCAUCAUCAGAUUGUAAUUGUUCAUCAGGCUUCAGUGGAGACCAGUGUGAGAUACCACCCAAUGUUUGUGUACCAGGCCUUUGUAAAAACCAGGGACAUUGCAACGAUACUGGAAACAAUUCGUUCGAAUGUUAUUGCAGAAAGGGGUUUGAAGGUCUCUAUUGUGAGAAAGAAACCAAGGAAGUUUGUCAAGAGUUCCAACGUCAAGAAGACAUUGUUAUCACUUGCAACGAGGAAUUUGCAAAUGAAAUUUGCACAGUCACAUGCAAAUCUGGUCGAGUCCGAGUUGACAAAUAUCGCCAAUAUUCAACCUACAUGUGUGGGAUGUCAACAAGUCAUAAAUGGGUGGUGCUUAAAACUAAGUAUCCAUUGGAAGAUGACGAGGCUCCAAUUUGUGCGCGAACAGGUACACUGAACUCAAAGUUCAAAAAUACAUAA